AUCGCUCCGCCUCCCGCCUCCUCCCUCUCUCCAUCACUCCCUCAUUGCAUCCAUUUUUUUUUUUUUUGGUGUGUGUAUUUAAAGAAAUCUCCAAGAAUUAAUCAGCCCUGGAUGAAAACGCACCAAGCCUGAGUGACAAGAGGAGGCUUGAGGACUCCAAAACAAAACCAGGACGGACCUUUUUUUUUUUUUUUUUUUUUGUGUAACAUUUUUUUUUUUUUUAAUUUCAACAUGCGAGUGAAGCCUUUCUGAGGGAUGGCAGCGAUGGGUUAGACAGGAUUUAACAUGACUGCAAAAUAAAAGGCAAGACUUUUUUUUUUUUUUCCUUCUUCUUCUUCCUCCCCUUAUCCCAUAAUCGCGUGGAUGUUUGCAGCCCACACUUCUUUCUAUUCAGGGCAUCCAUUUAAUCCAAUGUGUAGAUUUCAAGCUGACACCACCAAUCAUGUUUGCAGCUUCCGCUCACAUCCUGCAGCGCACCCGAUAACCCCCCUCCUUUUUUUUACGAGCUUUUAAUGGAUCUAAAUGUAGUAUUUUCACGCGCGUUUUCUGCAGCUGUGGACGUGUCAUGUGUCCGAGCCUCGGCGCUUUACGCGGGAUGCCACGCCACGGGAGUGUGACACAAACAUGCAUCAGUUUGACGAUUGUUUUCUGCUGUUUGCAGCCGCUGUGAGUCAAAGAUGUCCGCUCCACAAGGGCCCAAGGGCGGCCCUGGCCCUGCCGCCUCGGCGGCCGGCGCCAUGCCGGAGACCCCGGACCUCAGCCACCUCACCGAGGAGGAGAGGAAGAUCAUCCUCGGCGUCAUGGACCGACAGAAGAAGGAGGACGCGAAGGAGCAGUCCAUGUUAAAGAUCAAAGAAGGACCAAAGCCUCAGUCGGCACAGUGGUUUCCCUUUAGUGGGAUUACUGAGCUGGUAAAUAAUGUUCUUCAGCCACAGCAAAAGUCCCAAAAUGACAAGGAGCCCGAACCUGACGCGAAGUUGCACCAGCAGUUUGAGUCGUACAAAGACCAGGUCAAGAAGAUGGGGGAUGAGACAAAACAGGCUCAGGAACAGAAGAGCGAAGCCCCAACCUGCGGGAUAUGCCACAAAACCAAGUUUGCCGACGGCUGUGGCCACCUCUGUUCGUAUUGCCAAACGAAAUUCUGUGCUCGGUGCGGAGGACGAGUGUCUCUGCGGUCAAAUAAGGUGAUGUGGGUAUGCAACUUGUGCCGAAAACAACAAGAAAUCCUCACCAAAUCCGGGGCGUGGUUUUAUGACUCGGUGCCUGGUCAGGUGCAGCGUGUGUUUGAAGGCGGGCCGCAGGGGAAAAAGGCCAAACUGCAGGACCCGUCGCUGUACCCCUACCAGGGAGCCUCAGGGGACUUGACACAAGCGUCAGACAGGAGCAGACGUCACGGCGGGCUCCUGCCCAGACAGGCGUCCCUCGACAACGGGUCGCUGCGGUACCCCGGACACGGUGACACACCCGUAGACAGGAAACGAAGCCCAUCUGCAUCCAGGGAUCCAAACCAAAUAUACGACCAAAGGGAGGGGGCUGACCAUUCACAGUAUGCUCCGACAGACGGCAGCAUGCCCAGAUCACCGUCUGACUAUGGAGAUGGGGACCCUCGGCGGGCUCCGCGGGGCCCACACAUGUACCCAGACGUGAAUGCAGCAUGGACUGGCUACAGAGACCGGCAAGGUCCUGGACGCUGGCACUCCCAGGAAUACCCUCUGGACCAGGAUCUGGAUGGGCCACAUAAUGAGUAUGAGCUCCAGAGACAGCGACAGGAGGAGUUCCAGACACGCUACCGCAGUGACCCCAACCUGGCACGCUACCCUGUUAAGCCACAGCCCUAUGAAGAGCAGAUGAGAAUGCACGCGGAGGUGGGCCGCCUGAGGCACGAGCGUCGUCAUAGUGACGUCUCUUUAGCUUACACGGAGCAGGAUGAACCCGCUCCCAUCCGGUUGUCACGUCAACAUCUCACCGAACGCCGUCCGCCCAUGGUGGGGCAGCGUUCUUACUCUGUUGACCGCUCCUCCCCCGGGCCCAUGGGCCCCGGUCUUGGAGGCCACAGAACAUCAAACCAUAGCCCCCCGACUCCCCACCGCAGCCCUGUGCUGGGUGACCGAUCUGGGGAUCUUCGGAGGGGGGACCUGGGUGGAGGCGGCGACCCUAUGAGGAGACAGCAGCACCACUUAGACCCCAGCUCAGCUGUCCGCAAGACCAAGAGGGAGAAGAUGGAGAGCAUGUUGAGGAACGACUCUCUGAGCUCGGAUCAGUCCGAGUCGGUGCGUCCACCGCCCCCCAAGCCCCACAAAACCAAAAAGGGAGGGAAGAUGCGGCAGGUGUCGCUGAGCAGCUCGGAGGAGGAGCUGGCGACGACGCCGGAGUACACCAGCUGUGAGGAUGUGGAGAUAGAGAGUGAGUCAGUCAGUGAGAAAGGGGACAGUCAAAGGGGAAAAAGAAAAACAAUUGAGCAGGCAUUUAUGUCUGAGCCGGCACACACCUUAUCUGAGAGGCAAAAGAAAAUGGUGCGCUUUGGGGGACACUCAUUUGAAGAGGACUUGGCGUGGUGUGAGCCGCAAGUUAAAGACUCGGGAGUUGAUACGUGCAGUAGCACUACCCUAAACGAGGAGCAUAGCCAUAGUGAGAAGCAUCCGGUGACAUGGCAGCCGUCCAAAGACGGGGAUCGCCUAAUAGGGCGCAUUUUGCUCAAUAAGAGAAUGAAAGAUGGAAGCGUGCCUCGAGACUCAGGAGCUCUGCUUGGUCUAAAGGUGGUCGGAGGCAAGAUGACAGAAUCUGGUAGACUUUGUGCUUUUAUCACUAAAGUGAGGAAAGGGAGUCUAGCAGAUACUGUAGGGCACCUCAGGCCAGGUGACCAGGUGCUGGAGUGGAACGGGAAGCUUUUGCAAGGAGCCACAUUUAAAGAAGUUUACAAUAUCAUUCUAGAAUCCAAGCCUGAGCCACAAGUGGAACUGGUGGUCUCACGGCCUAUCGGAGAUAUUCCAAGGAUACCAGACAGCACACAUGCACAACUGGAAUCGAGUUCUAGUUCUUUUGAGUCCCAAAAGAUGGAUCGCCCGUCCAUUUCUGUCACGUCGCCCAUGAGUCCCAACAUGCUGAGGGAUGCCCCGCAGUACUUGUCAGGACAACUCUCAAGCCAAAGCCUUAGUAGAAGAACAACGCCUAUUCCCCCUAGGGUCCAGGUCAAAUUGUGGUACGACAAAGUCGGCCAUCAACUAAUAGUCACCAUCCUGGGAGCCAAAGACCUCCCACCCAGGGAAGAUGGUCGGCCCAGGAAUCCAUAUGUUAAAAUCUACUUCCUCCCUGAUAGAAGUGACAAAAGCAAGAGGAGAACAAAAACAGUAAAGAAAUCCUUGGAGCCUAAAUGGAACCAGACCUUUAUGUAUUCACCGGUGCACCGGCGGGAGUUUCGGGAGCGCAUGUUGGAGAUCACUUUGUGGGACCAAGCCAGAGUGAGGGAGGAGGAGAGCGAAUUCCUGGGAGAGAUCCUGAUUGAGCUUGAGACUGCGCUUCUAGAUGACGAGCCUCACUGGUACAAGCUGCAGACACAUGACGUGUCCUCCAUCCCGCUUCCUCGUUCCUCUCCAAACACACAGCGUCGGCAGCUCCACGGAGAAAGCCCAACGCGGCGGCUGCAGAGAUCCCAGAGGAUAAGCGAUGGAGAGAUCUCGGACUAUGAUUGUGAAGAUGGGGUCGGGGUCAUAACAGACUACCGGCCAAAUGGAAGAGACUUCCAGAGCUCCACUUUGUCUGUCCCAGAACAGGUGAUGUCUUCGAACCACUGCUCUCGUUCUGCCGAAAUACAUAGAGCGCGGUCACGCUCCCCCAGUGUUCCUCCGCCUUCAAGCCGCAACCACCGUGUGUACCCAAUCUGCCGUGAGGAAGCAGUUAGGUUGCUGCGUUCCACUAGGAUGUCCCGUGCCUAUUCUGAAGGCACCUACUCUUCUGACUAUGACUUCGAGAGGAGCCACGGAGCCAUGGAUAGACACGAGUAUCACAGCAGAUCCCGGUCCGCAGACCAGCGGCCCACAAUAGAGCGCCCCGCAUCCCGUUCACGCUCCACUGAACGCCCCCACGACUCAUCGAUGAUGAGGUCCAUGCCAUCUCUACCAUCCGGGAGGUCGGCCCCUCCCUCACCUGCCUUGACGAGGGCGCACCCUCGUAGUGGAUCAGUCCAGACCAGCCCAACCAGUACGCCAAUGUCCGGCAGACGAGGUCGACAGCUCCCACAGCUUCCAUCCAUAGUAAAAGACGGAAGUAUGGACAUGGAGGAAAGGACCAGGCAGAUGAAGAUGAAGAUGAACAAGUACAAGCAGGGAGCUGGCUCCGACUCACGACUCGAGCAGGACUACCACAAGCAUUCCGGCAGAGAUCCACGGGGCUCAGAUAACCUGUCCGCCAAGUCAUCGGACAGUGAUGUAAGCGACGUGUCCGCUGUGUCGAGAACCAGUAGUGCCUCUCGGUUCAGCGGCACGAGCUACAUGUCUGUCCAGUCUGAAAGGCCACAAGGAAACCGCAAGAUCCGCCUUUUGCGAUCAAGGAGCCAGUCUCGGGAGGGGGAUGAGCAUUUAGUUGAAGUACUAGAAGAGGAAGAGGCAGGCGGGAGAGGCGGAGGGGAUGGGACAAGGGCCAAUAAGGAGGGGGUCGUGCAGGGGCAGAGAGAGGGAUCGGGGGACAAAGUAAACACGCACGAACCGCAUCAUGAAGAUUCGCUGGAAAAAGAAGACGACUCGCACCAGCGGAGUAUCUCAGAGACUGACCUCAGGCAAAUGGGAUCGUCGGGGGGCGUGAACCUGACCAAGAGCACCAGCAUCAGCGGCGACAUGUGCAACCUGGAAAAGACGGACGGCAGCCAGUCGGACACGGCUGUGGGCACGGUAGGCACCGACGACAAGAAGAGGCGCUCCAGCAUCGGUGCCAAAAUGCAGGCCAUGGUUGGCAUGUCGCGCAAGAGCCGGAGCACCUCUCAGCUAAGCCAAACAGAAGCGGGAGGCAAGAAGUUGCGUAGCACCAUCCAGAGGAGCACAGAGACGGGGCUGGCGGUGGAAAUGAGGAGCAGGAUGACUCGACAGGCCAGCCGAGAGUCCACAGAUGGCAGCAUGAACAGCUACAGCUCCGAGGGAAAUCUCAUCUUCCCAGGUGUGAGGCUGUCAUCGGAUGCUCAGUUCAGUGACUUUCUGGAUGGACUGGGACCUGCCCAGCUGGUGGGACGGCAGACACUGGCGACUCCACCAAUGGGGGACAUCCAAAUCGGCAUGGUGGAGAAGAAAGGAGCACUGGAGGUGGAGGUCAUCAGAGCUCGUGGCCUUGUAGGAAAACCAGGUUCCAAGGCGCUGCCAGCACCGUAUGUCAAGGUCUACCUUUUGGAAAACGGAGUCUGCAUAGCCAAAAAGAAAACAAAAGUAGCAAGGAAAACCUUGGAUCCUCUUUACCAGCAGCAACUGCCGUUUGAGGAGAAACCAGGGGGCAAAGUUUUACAGGUGAUUGUCUGGGGCGACUACGGACGCAUGGACCAUAAAUCUUUCAUGGGAGCAGUUCAGAUACUGUUAGAUGAGUUGGACCUGUCCAACAUGGUGAUUGGCUGGUUCAAGCUCUUUCCUCCCUCCUCACUGGUGGACCCGACCCUCGCCCCCCUAACAAGAAGAGCUUCCCAGUCCUCGCUGGACAGUUUCUCGCGGUCAUAGCAGCGUGCGGACUGAUUAGCGUCGUUGUAGCAGCCAAUGUUGCGAUGGAAGGCCACGCCCCCCCAGUUACACUGCAUGCUUGAUGUUGUGUCUUCUGAGCCUGUUUCUAGGGGAGCAAAGGUGAGCCUGUGUUUUGAGCAAAAAAAAGCGUCGCACACACGGUGCACGCGGUGAAAGCGCAUCGCAAGCGCUCAGCGGCCGGGAAUGCUGGGCGUCGUUCUUCUUCUUCUUGGGACGAAACUGGAAUGAACUCCUUAGCACGAGGAAUCCGUCAUCUCCAGGUUUUCAUCCAAUUCGAAGCCAUGGGGGUCAGCACUGAGAACCACGAAAUGAGUUCUACAGAAGCCCUUUUGGAAUGAAAAAUAGAUGCUUUCAUUUAUUUAUUUAUUUUUCCAUUUAUUUUGUUCCCGUUUCAUGUCUGAAGGGGGUGAUGGCGGUUUUCAUCACAUGCUUGGUCACGCCAGUUUUUGGAGUCGAUUACUUUUUACCCCCUGCUAGCCUGCAGACUCUCGUUUAUGUGCUCAACCAAUGGAACCCAAGGCUACAAAUUAGCAAAGUCAUCAAAACCCCAAUGAAAAAGAUGUGCAAUCUACCAUCUUUGUUUUUUUUCUUUCUUGCUUUCUCUUUCGAUAUAUUGUAUGACAAUUAUCUGAGAAAAAUAUAUUUUCCUGUUUUCGUUCAUUUGCAUGGACAGACCAAUUUAGCUCAGUAAAAAAAAAAAACAGAAGACAAUUAUUUUCUUGAGGCUGUAACUUGCAAAAAAAAAAAAAAGAAGAAAAGAAAAGUGAAUCAAACUGAUCAGCCAUUUUUUGGCAGUGGAUAUUAUUUUUUAAAGAUAAAUUUCACUCGUGCAUGGUUUUAAGUCGGGGGGAGUGAAUGCAACAUGGUGACUCGGAAAGAAGUCAUUGCUUAACAGUCUUUAGAACAUUCAUAAGUCAGCAACAUAAGGGGACAUUCGGGAGUAUUUAACAGAUAAUGUUUGUGUGACGAUAAAAAAAGGUACAAAUAAAUGUAAAUGAUUUAUUUCAAAAGGUAAAAGGCUCAAGCCUCAUGAAGAUAAACAUUAUGUGCAAAUUGUACAUUUUUGUCCCAGGGUACUUCACAUUGUACUGUUUCAUUAUACGACCAUUGUUCAGUCCCCUGAUAGUGUCCACAUUUUAGGACUGCUUAUUUCACACCUCAAUAUUGUUUUGAUAUGCAUUUUAGUUUGAAUUUGAUUUCUUUAACAAGCAUGUUGAAAAGGAUUAUCUGCAACAUGGCUUGGGCACACCUUAAAGUAACUCAGCAUGUUUGAUAAAAGAGGAUAUUUGGAAUUUUUUAGCAAUUUCUUGUACAGUGCAUGUCAACUUCAUUCAUUUUUCUCCCUCACGUUAAAAUCUAACACGACUAAAUUAGUUUUUUCGGUCUUCUUCUGGUGACCAAUCAGCGAAGGUUUAACAAAACAUUCCACUCAUAUUUUCUUUGAGGAUAUGAGGAGAAAAGUGACGAGGAACCUAUUUUCUAUUAACGGGGGUGGGGGGGAUUACAAGUGUAUUUUCUUUCAGUAUUGUUGACAAACAUGCAAAAAUAUUGUGUAUUGGUACAACACAAAAGGUCUAUAAGUCAUCAAGAGGCAGCAAACCUGCAAAAAGAACACAAGUUGCUGGGGUUCAAGACAAGCACUCUUUAUGAAAUGAGCUCAUCACAAGUUCAAACAAUAUGGGAUAUUGCCACAUAAAAUGUUUUGCUUUUGUUUGAAUGAGAAUAUUGAUUUACUAUAUUUUUGUUAGUUUCAUUUAAAAGCCAACACCUGAUUAUUUUUUAUUUUCUAUUUUUAGUAAAAAAAAGAAAAAAAAAGAACUACUUCUCAUGUGUGGGAGGUAGACAGAAUCUUAUGGUUGCAGUAUGUCUAAAUGAAAUUGAACUGGGGCAUUAUUCCUUCUCCACGCGGAGAUAACCAAUUUAACGUCCAAGGGAACUUUUGUCACUGCGGUAUAUAUUUUACGUUUUUGAUUUCCAUUGUACAUACCUUUUUAGAUGUCAGAAUUUGAAUAAACGAGAUUCCGUGACGACACUCUUCUGGAGCAGGAAAAAUGCCUCACAUGAUGAAAAAGACAUAUGUAAUUUAUCCUUUUGAAUGCCUUUUCAUUUUCUUUUUUGGUGCAAUGUGUUAAUGCCAAGGCUAUGUCUUGGUGAAGUAUGGUUGAGUACAGAGAUUUAUGUAAGUUAUUUUUCAAAUUAAA